UUCCGGGGGCGCAGCCGUAAAAGACGAGAGAGAGAGAGAGAGAGCCGGCCACCGUGCGCCGCCGCCACCCCAUCUGCCCCCUCGGGGAUCCCGCCGAUCCAGCGAGCGAGCGGGCUUCGAGAGAUGGCCAAGAUCAGGUCGUCGUCGUCCAAGCAGUCGCGCGCGCUGGCGCGGAACGGCGGGCACGCGCUGCCCUCCAAGUUCGCCAGGUACCUCGACCCGGAGGCCUCCUGGGACAAGGACCAAUUGCUGGACGCGGUGCACUGGAUCCGCCAGGCGGUGGGGCUGCUCUGCGGCCUGCUCUGGGGGGCCGCCCCCCUCGCCGGCGCCGUCUGGAUCGCACUAUUUCUGGCCAUUUCUACUGGCAUUAUUUAUUGGUACUAUGCAUACCUGUUGAAGAUCGACGAGGAAGAAUAUGGAGGACAUGGGACACUACUUCAGGAGGGACUUUUUGCUUCUUUCACUCUUUUCCUGCUUUCGUGGAUUCUAGUAUACAGUUUGGCUCACUUUUGAGAAGCUCCUUUGUUGAACGUACCAGAACAUUUGCUUGCCAGCCAGAAGAGACUUACCAGAACAGUGUACAUUAAGGAGCCUUUUAGAACGAGCUUUGUAUCAAAACUGUUCUGGUUGUAAUUUUAUGUCUCAACUCCAGUGUAAUUUUGAUAGUAUGGGUUUAACUCAGGUGCGAGUUAGAACAUUGCUUGUGGAAUCUUGAAUCAAGGGGGGUAAAUGGUGGUCAGCGAUCACCGAGUUAGCACAUUGUACUGUAACGUUGUUCAGUCAAACGGCAUUCACUUGCAUAAAUCCGAUAAACUGUUUUUAACA